CACACAUGGCCGUUGCGGCUCAAGGCAGUUCGCUCUUUCUCACGAAACCAUCGUUUCCCAUUACAACAACAACAAACUUGUCCCUACACCAUACGAAUCGGAGACCGCUCUUCGUCUUGUCUCCUCCCCGAGCUCAGUUUUCUUGUCCCAAGAAAAACCCUAAAGAAGAACACCAGAGACUCUCCUUCACCAUUUCUUAUCUUGUCGAGUCCUGUGGAUUAUCUCCCGAUCACGCCAACACGGUUCUUAACCUUCUCCGUGACCAUUGUUUCUCCACCUCCCAGAUCUCCAGCCUCGUCAAGAAACGCCCCGUUUUGCUGCUAGCCAAUGCCGAAUCGGUGCUCCUCCCUAAGCUCCGAUUCUUCCUCUCCAUCGGCGUCUCCAAAUCCUUGCUCGCUCGAACGCUUGCCUCUGAUCCCACCAUUUUGACCAGAAGCCUCGUCAACCAGCUCAUCCCUUCCUACAACUUCCUCAAGAGCGUUCUCGACGCCGACGACAAGAUCGUGGCCGCCCUUCGCAGGACGACAUGGAUUUUCCUCGAGGACCACACCAAGAACCUCGUCCCCAACAUCAACCACAUGUCGGAGACGGGGGUCCCUGGGAAAUGCAUACAGCUGCUCCCGAAGCCGUGAUGCAGAAGAACCACGAGUUCCGGGAAAUCACCAAGCAAGCUAAGGAGAUGGGAUUCAAUCCCCAGAAGACAACCUUCGUGCUGGCGAUCCACGCUCUCUCAGGGAAAGGCAACAGAUCGAUAUGGGACAAGUGUUUCGAGGUGUACCAGAGGUGGGGGUUGUCGGAAGAGGACAUCAUGUGCGCGUUCAAGAAGCACCCGCACUGUAUGAUGCUGUCGGAGAGGAAGAUAAACAGGACGAUGGAGUUUCUUGUCAAGGAGAUGAAUAUGGCGCCAAGAUCGAUGGCAGGGUGCCCCGUGGUGCUCUUUUUCAGCCUGGAUAAGAGGAUUAUCCCAAGAUGCUCGGUGGUAAAGAUGUUGGCAUCCAAGGGGAUGGUGAAGGAGGACUGGAGCUUGACGUCCUUGUUGGUUCCAGUGGAGAAAGUGUUCUUGGAGAAGCUGGUGAUCAAGUACGAGGGGGAGUUGCCUGAGUUGAUGGAUGUGUAUAGAGGAUACACCACCAAACUCUGAGCUUUUGUUUUUCUUUUCAUCUCAUAUAAUAUGCUGAGGGCGGCGUGUGUAAUCAAAUUUUGGUAAUAAAGGGGAAAUUUUGUAAGUUUUUUUUGGUUCAAAAAUUAGCGUCAAAGUAAAACAUCAAACAGCAAGAUUGAUCAUCAAAGAAAUAAGGGUAGAGGCUAGAAGAAGAAUGAUUUGAUGAGGAGGUUGGGAGUAAUCCAGUGAUACAUUACAGCAAAGAAACAAAGUUGAUGACCGUUUCUUCCUUCUGUUGCGAUGAGAAAUUGGUUGAUUCGAGAGCAUUUUCUUUUGCUUCAAUUAUAUAUAUAGAGAGAAUCUAACUUAAAUGAAUAAAAUAAAAUAAAAAGUUUCAUUUUUCCUCUUCCAAUUAAGUCUCCUCUGAUGAAGAAGAAGGAGAUGGAGUAAUUUCAAAAUAUGAUGAUUGGUUCAUCUCUGAUAAGCCCCAGCUGAAAUGAAUCCGAUCUGUAGAUCAUCCCUUUCUCGAUUAUACCUCCACCGUCUUCACUCACCUCUCCGGCGGCAGUCUUCUCCGCUUGAAACCACCCCCAGGUUCAAUUUCUCCAAAAGGUGGCAUUUUGGCCACACUGGAUCUGAUCACCAAGAUCAAAGGCCCGCCGGAGCAGAAGAAGGGGAAAGGAUUUUCCGGCUUGGUCUCACCGCUGAUAUCGGUUUGUCUGUCGGCAAAGCUCUCACCGGUUAUCUCUGCGGCAGCACCGCCAUCAUCGCCGACGCUGCUCAUUCCGUUUCAGAUGUGGUCCUAAGCGGUGUUGCUCUAUUCUCUUACAGAGCUGCCAAUGUUCCCAAAGACAAAGAACAUCCAUAUGGUCAUGGUAAAUUUGAAACUCUUGGAGCCCUUGGAAUCUCUACCAUGCUUUUGGCUACUGGCUGUGGCAUUGCUUGGCAUGCCGCUGACCUCCUACUUAGUGCACUGUCCGCAGCCCCUGAGGUGAAUCAUACUCAUGGUGGACAUCAUCACGGAAUUGAUAUGACUCACCCCACUCUCGCUUUGACUGUUACUAUUGCUUCCAUUUCCAUCAAAGAAGGGCUUUACUGGAUCACAAAACGAGCAGGAGAGAAACAAGGGAGUGGCUUGAUGAUGGCAAAUGCUUGGCAUCACCGUUCAGAUGCUAUUUCUUCUCUAGUUGCACUUGUUGGCGUUGGAGGUUCUAUUCUAGGAGUUAAUUUCUUAGAUCCCCUAGCUGCUCUUGUUGUCUCGGCAAUGAUUUUCAAAGCUGGACUGGAAACAGGACACCAAAGUGUAUUGGAACUGGUAGAUGCUGCUAUACCAGCUCAACAAUUAGAGCCAAUAAGACAGACCAUAUUACAGGUUGAAGGAGUCAAGGGAUGUCAUCGGCUAAGGGGAAGGAGAGCUGGUUCAUCGUUGUAUCUUGAUGUACACAUUGUGGUAGAUCCGUUUUCCAGUGUGAGUGUUGCGCAUGAGGUAGGAGAAUAUGUACGGGGGCAGAUCAAUAAAAACCAUCCUCAAGUGUCUGAAGUUUUCAUUCAUAUAGAUCCGGCUUUCUUACAGUUUUCUAGUAGCAUGAUGGAUCACGAUAGUAUACAAAAGGAAAGUAACAUAUGCAAAGAGAUUAAACUUGUCGAAGCCACCGUCUGGGAACUUUUUUCAUCACAGUUCUCUGAGAAAAUGAUGAUAAAACGAGUGACACCCCACUUGUUGCAUAGCAAGAUCUGGCUCCAAAUCGAAGUUGCUAUGCCAUCAACCAUGACAAUUCAGGACGCCAUGAGAGCCGCUGAAGAUGCAGAGAAGGAGAUUAUGAAGGCAGUCUCAAAUGUGGCUCGUGUCAGCAUUCAGCUUAGUCUCAAGAACUCCCUGCCUCAGUAAUUACCUCUGGUGUUUUGGAUUAAAAAAAAAAAAUACAAAGAGCCAAUUCUCUGUUUAUAACCGUGCAUGUCGGCGUUUUGUUUAUAUUACUGGUGUUUUGUUUAGUCUCAAAAGUUCUGGACCUUGAUGAGUGAGGAAAGUUUUGGGAGUGUACAAUUGAUGAGCUGUGGAUAAGGUGAAAGUAAAAAAUAAGACCAUAGCUUUCUUUCAGCCCUGACAAUGAUCAAUAAGAAACAAAAGGCAAAACAUUUUUUGUAA